AUGGGCAACAAUCCUUCCAAGGGCCCGGCCGGAGACGCCCAAACCCCCUCGGGUCACUCGGGCCUAACGGCACCCGCGAGUGACAAAAGGGUACAUCGUCGACCUUCGGUCAAUGCCUCAUCGGGUACCACUAAGGCUUCCGCAGCCGAUCCUCCGGCCACCAGAGAGACCGCAAAGGGUUAUCCAACAUCGCAAAGCCACCAUUCGGUUCAACAACGCCUACAAUCCCGCAAUGUCGCCGACUCCGCAGCAAGAACCGAAGAUCGUCCGACUCCCAAAAAAGCAGACCUUCGCGAUGGUGACAUCCCUUCGCCUGACCCUUCUAACCCAGUACAAGUUCCUGUUUCUCGAGCCACUGCUAGAGACGACCCCAUGGCGCCCUCUGGGGCGCCGCCAAAUGUAUAUUACAGCGCCUCCGUUCAUCUCCAGCGCCCUCCGCGAAUGCCGCUACCCAUUGGCGAUGCUACAGCUGUUGGUCGAGAAGAUGUUUAUAUGGAGUCGCUGCCCGUCGACCAGCUUUUGGACGAACAUAUUGAGCAAAGGCACCCGAGUCAAGGAAGCACCACUGUGGAGGAUGAUGAGAUAUUGGACGAGCUUCAGCCUUUUACGCCUAGCGGAGUGGGAAGGGCAGUGCCGACUACCAUUGAGUGGACCGGGCCUGGAGACAAGGUCUAUGUAACUGGAACAUUCGUGAAUUGGGAGAAGAAGUUCCGUCUACACAGAAGCAGUGAGAACAACCCAGGCGUUAUGUCAGCUAGAUUAAACCUCCGUCCGGGUACCCAUCAUCUUAAAUUUAUUGUCGACAACGAAAUGCGGGCUUCUGAUACUCUUCCGACGGCGGUGGACUUCACGAACCACUUGGUCAACUAUAUCGAGAUCAGUGCCGAUGACAUUAAUCGGGGGCGGAGAGAGAGCGACAAGGGCUCGGUUCCCCCGGGUAUUCGUCCGCCUCAGGUCCUACCUGACCCUGCCACUCCCGAUCAGGAGGGUGGUUCCACCGUGGAUGAUCAAUCUGAUAAAGAAGAGCCAGAGGAGGAGAUACCUCUUGGUGAUUUCCGCGGUAUUAUUCCCCAGUUUCUUCUCGACCUGGACAAAGAAGAGGAAGCGCCCGAGUAUCAGCAAGCUGUCAAUAUCGUGGGGGAUGCUCCAACGCCACCAAGUCUACCACUCUUCCUCGGGAAGUCCAUCCUGAACGGCACUACACCGAUGAAGGAUGAUAGCAGUGUAUUGAACUAUCCCAACCACACGGUGCUAAACCAUCUUGCUACCAGCAGCAUCAAGAACGGUGUUUUGGCCACUAGUGUGACAACUAGGUACAAGCGAAAGUAUGUGACGACAAUUUUGUACAAGCCUACAGGAGAUAUCUCGGAGUAA